GCCUGAAGUAAAUACAGAAACAGAGGAGAGAGGGACUGGAGCUGUAGAGCGCAUACCACCCACCAAUUGAUUGAUUGAUUGAUUGAUUGAUUGAUUGAUCGACCGACCGAUGGACUGACGUAGAGGGAAAAAAAACAACAACAACAACAACUCACAAAACCAACAAACAUAAACGUGUCGUUUAGUUUAAUUGAAACGGUUGCUAUUUGCUGAUUCCAGUGUGCGUGUUACUGUUUUGUGGGCGUCCUUGUUUCGUUCAGUCCCAGAGGCAUUGCGAUGCCGUCUGAUUUCAUCUCUCUGCUCAGCGCUGAUCUCGACAUUAAUUCUCCUAAAUCUCUCUAUUCCAAAGAGUCAGUCUAUGACCUUCUCCCAAAGGAGCUGCAGCUGCCAUCCUCAAAUGAGUGCAACCCAGUAACAAUGAGCCAGAAGAGUGGUGGAGAGGCUAGCCCGCCUCCCUUGGCUCCCCUUGCUGCAGAUGCCACUUCCACCUCUUCUGUCUCCAUGGGUGGUCCUCGCAGUUCUUUUACCGCAUCUUCUAGCCCCACCAUGCGCUCCUCUACCUCAGUCACUGAUCACGCAGCUCUUCAAGUUGACAGCUGCACUCCGAGCGAGGGGGUAAGUAGCCAAGGGAUGACUGAGGUCCUCUGUGUAGAGACACUGACUGGUGGUGGUUGUAGUGGUGGUGGUGGCGGCAGUGGCGGAGGAGCCCAGCAGCACCAGACGACUCCCUCCAAGAGACGGACAAUCCUGAAUAUCUCCCCGCCCCCUGAGGAUCUGCUGGACACCAGCCGGAUGUCAUGCCAAGAUGAUAGUUGUCCUGACUCAGAACUGAGCAACAGUAUUUGGAUGGAAGACUCUGCCUCCAACUUCAGCAUUAUGAGCUCCAGCUCCUACAACGACAACACAGAGGUUCCGCGCAAGUCCCGGAAGCGUACGCCACGGCAGCGGCCCGGCCCGAAGCCCAUUACAGUGGACGGGGCCAGCCUGGAUGUGUUUGAUGCAGACAGCGCAAAGGGACCUCACUUUGUUCUCUCACAGCUGGGAUCUGACAGCAAGACUUGCUCCAAGGGAGGCCCUGUAGAGGGGUCACAGUCGUUGGCACAGAAGGCUGUCACCUUGUCUGGCCAGUAUCCCAGUAAAAGUGAGGGGAAAGAGCUGAAAAUUGUAGUACAGCCAGAGACACAGCACAGGGCGAGAUACCUCACUGAGGGCAGUCGGGGCUCUGUCAAGGACCGAACACAGCAAGGCUUUCCUACAGUUAAACUGGAAGGUAUAAGUGAGACUGUGGUGCUGCAGAUUUUUGUGGGUAGCGACUCUGGCCGUGUAAAGCCCCAUGGCUUUUACCAGGCUUGCAGAGUGACGGGCCGCAAUACAACACCUUGUAAGGAGAUAGACAUUGAGGGCACAACAGUCAUUGAGGUGUGCCUGGAGCCUGCCAACAACAUGACUUUGGCUGUGGAUUGCGUGGGGAUUUUGAAGCUACGGAAUGCUGACGUUGAGGCUCGGAUUGGAGUUGCUGGUUCCAAGAAGAAAAGCACACGAGCCAGACUGGUUUUUAGAGUCAGUAUCAGUCGCCCUGACGGGUCAAUACUAACAUUGCAGACUCCGUCGUCUCCUAUUCUGUGCACUCAGCCUGCUGGUGCGCCUGAAAUCCUGAAGAAAAGUCUUCACAGCUGCUCAGUGAUGGGGGGAGAAGAGGUGUUUUUAAUCGGAAAGAACUUUCUUAAGGGAACAAAAGUCAUUUUCCAAGAAAAUGUGUCAGAUGACAAUUCUUGGAAAGGGGAAGCAGAAAUUGAUAUGGAGCUGUUUCAUCAGAAUCAUUUAAUUGUUAAAGUUCCUCCAUACCAUAAUCCGAAAAUAAGCUCACCAGUUUGUGUUGGGAUAUAUGUAGUAACAAAUGCCGGGAGAUCGCACGAAGUACAGCCUUUCACAUACACUCCAGAACCAGCUAACACUGUGGAGGUCAAUGUGAAGAAAGAGGUGCCAUCCCAUGCCCAGUCCUGCUCCUUCGAAGAAUCAGCUAAAGCAGGUAUGAAAACCCCAAGCUGUACACUGGACAAGGUCAGCCUGCUCCCCAGUGCCUUGAUGACUCCACUGCUGCCCCUGGUCAAAAAUGAAGAGGUUACCCCCAUGGAGGUGUCAUCCAAUCAGACUGCACCUAACGUCUUCAAGACUUCUGACGUUAUUGGAUCAGCACAGCAAACCUUGGACAUGAGUUUGAACAUGUCCUUGAGCAGCAUCCCUUUCUCCAACUCUGUGCCUCACCAGUUGGUGGAGCCAGAGCAGCACCAGGUUCAGUCCACAAGCUUUUCCAGCGCUGAGCCUCUGAGCACUAUCCAGAAACAAGACAUUGCACCAACUAGCCCCCUGCUCCAGCAGGUCACCCAGCAAUAUCAGAGACCCGAUCUCCUGCUGGAUCACAGAGAUGCUCUGUCCCAGGAGAGAUUGCCGAAUGGAGAAAGAGUGAUGGAAAUGCAGCAGCUUGGCAAGACACCUCAGCAAUCCAUAGACCAACAAACCAUGCAGCAGCAACAGCAACAACACACCAUGCAGCAGCAGCAACAGCAACAACACACCAUGCAGCAGCAACAGCAGCAACAACACACCAUGCAGCAGCAACAGCAGCAACAACACACCAUGCAGCAGCAACAGCAACACACCAUGCAACAGCAACAACACACCAUGCAGCAGCAGCAGCAGCAACAACAACACACCAUGCAGCAGCAAUCUAUACAUCAGCAACAACACACCAUGCAGCAGCAACAACAAACCUUGCAGCAGCAGCAAUCUAUACAUCAGCAACAACAACAAACCAUGCAGCAGCAAUCCCUGCAACAACUUUCAUCUAACCUCUUUCCAGCAGAUGGAGUGGAGCAGCUGGAAAGAGCUGUGCGUCAGCUUCAGGCUGGUUUUUCUAGGGGUAGUGAAGCCAGUCUUGUACAGCAGGUCCUGGAGGUGGCUGUCCAGCAGCAGCAGCAGCAACAGCAGCUGAAUUCUGUUCUCUUCAGUCCCAGCUCCGGACCAGGGAGCAUGCAACAACAAGCGCAAGAGAACAUGAACAACAUCUUCCAGCAGAUUAAUUCUUCUUCCAUGUUCCCAUCCCCAGACUCCACCAAGAAUCUGGAGAACACUGGGAUGCAGACUUCUGAGGGGACACUAGCUAGCCAACAACAGCAACAGGCUCUGGAAAACUUAAGCCUCCAGCAGCAGUUGCAGUCAGAUCUUUUUCCCUCCCAGGUCCAGGAAGCUAUGACUGGCCAGAUCCCCAUGCAGUGUGGGUUGUUCCAGGGAGGCUCAAGGAAUGAAAAUCCCCAGCAGCAGCUCUCUCCGCAGGGUUUGUUCCAGUCCCAAAGCACAGGGGCUCCUAGUGAAGAUGGUGGGUCUCGGCCCAAGCAGAUGCAGACCAGUGUAUUUCAGAACAUGGUGCAAACCCAGGGGCAGGUUGGGGCCCUCUUUCAGACAUCUGAGAGUAUGCUCCACAGUGGCUCCCAACAGCAAGGGUCAUUGUUCCAGCAAGCAGAGGAAAUGCUUUCCAUCCAGGUCUCCAGCUUUCUCCAGCAGCCUUCCUCACACCCUUCCUCUCCUCAGCUGUUCCAUUCCCAGAGCCCCAUGAACGAUGCCCAAGACCCUCCGACAACCUUGUUUCAAAAUCAGAAACACUCCCCCACUCAAGAGCAGGUUCAAGCUGCCAUGUUUCAGAGCUCUCUGACAGUGUUGACCAACUCCCCCCUACAGCCAGACCAGCAACAGCAUGGCUCUGGCCUCUUCCUGUCACAGAAUAAUGUGACCACACUGCAGUCUGGCCAGAUCGCCCAAGACAGCAAACAGCAACAGCAGCAGCUUUCUUUCUUGACCUCUCUCCAGAGUUCUGGCUCACCUGAGCAGCAGUCUGUAUCUGUUUUCCAGCCCGGAGAUAAGAGCUCCCACCUUCAAGAGAGCACCCCAAUGGAUCAGCAGCCACAGCAAGAUGCAGUGUACCAGACCAUGUCAUCUUCAGCAGAUGGCCUGUCUCCAAGCCAGCAGGGGGCAUUCUUUCAGUCCCAGCAAUCUAUGGUCUCCCCUCAGGAGCAGCAGCAACAGGCAGGGCUUCUUCUGUUCAGUGGACGGAAUCAGAUGCAGCAGUUAAACAGCAGUCUCCCUUCCCUGGAGCCUCAGAACCAGGCCAUGUUCUUGACCCAGUCCAACUUGAUGUCUGUCAGUCCACAGGAGCAGCCACAGCCGAUGUCUUUCCAAAACCAGAGCUCGGUGGCAGGAGGGACGCCACAGAAUGAGCAGCCUCAAGAGGCCCUCUUCCACGACCCGCAGCAAAUGCAGUUAGUGCAGGGAUCCAGCAGUGCCUCUGAGUCUCCAGUCACCAUCUUCAUGCCACAGGCCUCCCUGCCUGCCCUUCAGGGUAGCAUGAGCCAACAGAAGCUGCCCCAAGCAACCAUCUUCAGCACACAGACAGACUCUCCCUCCUCAGUUCAACCACAGGGUGCAUUGUUUCACACAACUGUGACCAGAACGAUGAACCAGCCUGGCCAACCUCAGCAGACAUCAGGUCUGUUCCUCUUUGGUAUUCAGAAUGCAGAUUGCAGUCAGUUAAUCACCUCAGGAGCUUCCACUUUGUCAGAUCAAUUAAUUGCCAUCAGUCAGUCAGGUCAGAAUCAACGUGAAAAAGAGGACAGCAUCCAGUCCUUGUUAACGCAGACGAUAUCAGAGCCAGGAACCGUCCCCAAUGCCAUGACUGCCUCUCAGAACAUGGAGAAGAUUGAUGACCUGCUGGUGAGCUUGCAGGACCAGAGCAACAUAACCCAUUCCUUCUAGAGCCUGAUGCAGGACCCAGGAGAAGCCCAGCUUGGAGACAGAUGGGAAGAUUAUUUGUUUUUACUCAGUGGUGUAAAGAAGCUGAAAGUGGGAUGUGCUUACCAAGAGGGUCCCCAUGAAAGAAACUUGGCUCUCAGAAGUGCAAUUUUCUUGCAUCCAUUUUUUAGAUAUGAUUUGAUAUUUCACUGUCUAUGGAUGGAGCUGUUUUUUUUUUUUUUUGGGGGGGGGGGGGGUAGGCAAACUUGUGACAGUGUACAAAAUAUCUAAACAGUUACCCACAGUUGUCAAGAUUAUUCCAGCGUAGCUUUGCUAUUCAGCUGUCGCUAUGGAGAAGGUAUAUCCUGUAGCUGAUCUCAAGUUUGUUAAACUUCUGAGAUAUCUCAACACACAGAAAUAAGUGUGCAUAGUGCAAAGUAUACAAAAGUUCUGUUUUUGUAAGGUAGUUCUGCUUUUGGGAGUGAAUCUACAUUAUUCAUAAGCUCUGCAGAAUUAUGCAGAUUUUCUUCAAUUCUGAUCGCUACAUUAGUUUUGUGUUUCAGCUGACUUAUUUUUCCUAACUACAAAUUAAUAAAUGUGCAGUAAAACUGUUUGUAUAGCAUUGCUUUAUUUCUUUCUUUCUUUUUAAAGAUUAAAACAGAAAACACUUUGUAAAAUACUUUUGACAUAAUAUCCUCAGCACUUUAUAAUGCUUUACUUUGUGACCAUGUAUCUAUCUA